CAGUUGUGGAUCUGAGAGGGGCCGUUACGCGUGGUGUUGGAGCUCAAGGAAUUGAACUCAGCGAAACAGUGCGUAGGAUGGAAGAGUCUGUUCCCCAAGUUGUUGUUCUUCUUGAAGCUGCGGUUGAGAGGUGUAUUGGUUUCACUGGGGGCUCAGAGGCAGACGAGCUGAUACUUGCAAUAGAUGACACUAUGUUGCAGUAUAUCUCUAUGCUUCAGGAAACACUCAAAUCUUUGAGAGUUGUGUUCGGAGUGGAUGGUACAGGUGAUGGAGUUAGCUCAAAGAAAGAUGGAAGUGCAGAGAAAAGCUCUCGUAAGAUGGACUUGAGUUCAAAUGAGGAGUGGUCCAUUGUUCAGGGAGCUCUUCAAAUACUUACAGUAGCAGAUUGCCUUACGAGCAGGUCUUCUGUAUUUGAAGCUUCUUUGAGAGCCACUCUGGCUAGACUAAACUCCAGCUUGUCUAUUUCACUAUUUGGCACAAAUCUGGAUCAGAACCUGUCACAUUUGACAAGUGAACAAACAGCUGGAGAUUUGUCUAUGGCUGGACGAGCUUCCCUGGAUGUGGCAGCUAUUCGGUUGGUUGAUGUUCCGGAGAAGGCUCGCAAACUCCUAAACCUGUUGGAACAGUCAAAAGAUCCAAGGUUCCACGCACUGCCUUUGGCAUCUCAGAGAGUAGCUGCGUUUGCGGACACAGUGAACGAACUUGUCUAUGACAUCCUCAUAUCAAAAGUCAGGCAAAGACUCGGGGAAGUAUCUCGCCUACCAAUCUGGUCUUCUGUGGAAGAACAAACUGCGUUUGCUCUACCAAACUUCAGCUCAUACCCUCAGGCUUACGUUACAAGCGUUGGAGAAUAUCUCCUGACUUUACCUCAGCAGCUUGAGCCUCUAGCUGAAGGAAUCUCAACCAAUGGUGAUUCAAACAACGAGGACGCACAGUUCUUUGCAACUGAGUGGAUGUUCAAGGUAGCAGAAGGCGCAACGGCUCUGUACAUGGAGCAACUGAGAGGAAUCCAAUACAUUUCAGACCGAGGAGCACAGCAACUGUGUGUAGAUAUAGAGUACUUGAGCAAUGUGCUUGCGGCCUUGUCCAUGCCGAUUCCGCCUGUGCUUGCAACUUUCCAGACGUGUUUGGCUACACCAAGAGAUGAGCUCAAAGAUGUGAUGAAAUCAGACGCUGGUAGUGAACUUGAUUUCCCUACGGCUAAUCUUGUUUGUAAGAUGCGUCGUAUCAGUUUUGAUUAGUCUCUGAACUCUCAAAAACAUGCUUUUGUGCCCUACGAAGAGGACCUGCUAACUAAUUUGUUCGGCUGGCCAUUGUCAUAUUUGUAUUACACAUUUCCAAGUUUUGAUGCUAUCAUAAGACAAGUUUCUUUGUUUUCUUAAUAUAAUGUAAUAAAGUUAUACCCC